UCCAUGUUGAUGGCCAUCCAAAAUACAACUCUCUUUGACGAUGGCUAUGGACAAAACCCGACCACUUCAUCUUUGGAAGUUCACAUGGCCGAGUUAUACAACCACAAAGUCGGAGUUUUUCUCCUCUCGGGUGCCAUAGGAAACCAAAUCGCUCUGCGAACACUUCUCACUCAACCUCCACAUUCCGUUCUAAGCGGUCAUCGAGCACAUAUCCUGUGUCUCGAAGCCGGAGGAGUUUCUAUGCUGAGAGGUACUAUGGUCGAAGGUGUGGUG